AUGAAGCUGGAUUCCAAUAACAAGAUGAUAAACAACGAAAGCGGUGCGGAUACCCCAGAAGAAGUUGUUGAUCCACGUCAAAACGCUGAAGACAUUAUUGACGAGAUUCUUGCAGAGUUUACAGAUUCGUUAACUCCAGAUUCCGCUCGAAAUGGAAAUGUCGUACCUGAGAAUUUAUUUAGCAUGAUACAGCCACCAAGAACGCGGACACCCGCUAAUUCGUUUUCCGAAAACGCAACUUUUGAUGAUAUAGAUCCAUCGUCAGACCUCGGUACAUCGAUUCGAAACAAGUGUUUGGAAUUGGAAGAGAUCCUUCAGAGCCUGAAAUCGCGCCUCAACCACGUUGUCUUAGACGAGAACAUCGUCCUAAGCCCAGAAGCAAAUUCCAUGGAAGCACAAUUGGAGCAUGAUUUGGAUACUGACUGCCAAGAAGACCUUUCCUUACAAGAGUUUCUAGAGCUUCUCCAGUCGCAAAAUAAAAUAUCACAGAGUGGCGUGCAAUGA